UGUCAUAACAUGAAAAUUGAAAACAUUCAGUUCUGAUUCUGAAUUCAAUCAUAUUCAAAAAACAAUAUUUUUUAGUUUCAAAUUAAAUAAACGUGUUAAAAUAUUUGUGCAAUUGGUAGCUAAAAGUAUUUCUGUUAUAGUUUUUCCGAAAUAUAGUUGUAUUCAGGUGAACUGAGACAUAAAAAUGCUUAAUUCAUUUUUUAAUUGGCUUAGUAAUGAGGAGCCUCCUACCAAAGUACUAGAAGUACGAUCAGAAAAUUAUAUUUCAAGACCUAUACACUAUAGAGAUGAUUCAAUGCUCUUAUAUGGACCCAAAGCUUCCAGCGAUAAAAGAAACCCAAAGGACAAAUAUUACGAAAUUAUUCUUCAAAAACCAUUUACUGAGAGUCUUCAUCAAAUGUAUAGCUUAUAUCGGUGUGAAAAUAAAGAAGAAUCAGAGGAGAGGUUUAUUGUCUUUAAAGAAAAAAUACCGGUAUAUGUUCGAAUAACAAAAGAUUGUACAGUACCAAGUCUUCAAAAGCUAUGUGAUAUCUUGGGUAAGAACAAAUCGUGGACAAUCGCUCACAUGGUGGCUUAUUUUGGACAAUCUGAGCUGCUAAAUCACCCAGACAUACAGAAACAUAUUAAUGACGUUGAUCCUGCAACAGGCUCUAGUUGUCUUAUGAUAGCGAUACAGUCUGGUAAUGUCCGGAUGGUACAAAGUUUAAUAUCAAUGAACUGCUCACUAGAUAUCAUUGACCGUGAGGGUAACUCAGUUUAUCAUUAUGCAGCUGCAAGUAAUAAAGAAAUUGUAAAUGCUAUAGCAAGCAAAAGCUUAAAUUCUUUAAAUAUAUUCAAUAAACAAGGCUACACUCCGUUGCACAUGGCGUGUCUAGCGAAUGCACCGGACUGUGUGAGAGCAUUGCUGCUAGCCGGGGCUGAUGUUAAUUUAACUGCUGCUAAACGUACUGCUACCACUUCUCAAGCAAUACCAGGCAUAGUUGGUGAUGUGGUCCAAGACAAUCGGCCUAAACUUCACCAAGAAGAUAUGAAACGUGGAGGCACUCCACUGCACUGGGCUGUCUCUCGCGAAGUUAUAGAGGCCUUGGUGGACAAAAACUGUGAUAUUAACGCAUUGAACUUUGACGGAAGAACCGCUCUUCACAUCAUGGUAUUACGGGGCAGAUUGGAAUGCGCAACAGCUUUAUUAGCUCGUGGCGCUGAGCUUUCUAUAGGCGACAAAGACGGAAAUACUCCUUUACACUUGGCAGUGAAACAGACUAAUAUAUCUAUAGUGCAGGCUUUGAUUGUAUUUGGUGCAGAUUUGGAGGCAAAGAACAAGGAAGGGAAUACCGCUAGACAUUUAGUACCUACAGAGAAUACAAAUAGUAAUUAUGAUAAGAUAUUAUACGCUCUUCAUGCAGUUGGAGCACAGAGAUGUUCUCCAGAUAUACAAGGUUGUGGCCAGUCGUGCUCCGCGCGGGGAGAGUACAAUGGUGUACCACCUCCUCCGGUGGCCAGGGCUGACACCCGAGACAUGAUAUGCGACAUGCUGACUGCUAUGACCAUGGACAAGGCGGCAACACUGGACACUAAUCAGAAACAAGGACGACUGCUGUGUUUAGAUGGCGGUGGUAUCCGCGGCUUGGUGCUAAUACAGAUUCUCUUGAACAUCGAGGCUGCGAUCGGCAAGCCAAUAAUACACUGUUUCGACUGGGUCGCUGGCACCAGCACUGGGGGUAUACUAGCGCUGGCACUAGCCACUGGCAAGAGUCUGAGAGAAUGUCAAAGAUUGUACUUUCAAAUGAAAGAAUACGCCUUUGUUGGUUCGAGGCCGUAUCCUUCGGAGGCGCUUGAAACUAUUCUAAAAGAUUGUUUGGGCACGGAGACCGUAAUGGCGGAUAUAGAGCAUCCUAAGCUGAUGGUAUUGGCAAUUUUAGCUGAUAGAAAGCCAGUCGAUCUGCAUAUAUUUAGAAACUACCAGUCCGCGGAAGAUAUACUUCACCAAUACAAUGGAACAUGCAGUCCGGGGGCGGAGGCCGGGGACUACUCCUCGGUGGUGAAGCUUGCCUCUCCGCCGGGCCCCGCCGAGCAGCUCGUGUGGCAGGCCGCCCGGGCCAGUGGCGCUGCGCCCUCCUACUUUAGGGCUUUCGGCAGAUAUUUAGAUGGUGGUCUGAUGGGAAACAACCCCACACUAGACGCUCUCACCGAGCUGGUAGAACUACGCCUGGCUUUGACGGCUACCGGGCAGCUCGAAGCAGCCAAGAAGACACAACUCAAGGUCGUGGUGUCCUGUGGCACAGGAUGUAACCCUGUCACGAUGUUGAAAGAUAUUGAUGUAUUCAAGCCUGAGAGUUUGAUAGACGCGGCUCGACUCGCGCUUGGCAUGUCCUCUAUCGGAAAGCUUUUGGUUGAUCAGGCGACACAAGCAGACGGACGCGUGGUUGAGCGAGCUCGUGCGUGGUGCCACUCGCUGGGCGUGCCCUUCUACCGGUUCUCACCGCGCCUGUCCAUCGAGCAAGCUAUGGACCAGCGCUCCGAUGAGUUGCUGGUGGGAAUGUUGUGGGAGACGCAAACCUACAUGCGAGACACGAGGGACCGGGUGGCAGACCUUGCGGCGCUGCUAUCGGAUGACAAAUAAAUGCAACUGAUCCACGAAAAUAAAUAAAUCUAGUAAUUAUUUAGACUUUUAGUACUAUGUGUAUGCUCGAAAAAUAGUUGUGUAAUAUGGGCACAAAUAUUGUGUUAAGUACAUUAGAUUUAUGUAUAUUUAUAUGAAUAGUAGUUUUUGCUUUAGUUUCAGUAUGUAUUAGCUUUCAAGUUUGUCGCAUAAAUUUAUUUGAUCUCAAUAUUUAAGACAUUCUAGUCUUUUCGGAGUUUUAGCUCUAAAUACUUAGACGAAUAAAUACGACGAAUUUUAGCUGCAGUUGUCGAACUGAGGCAAAAGAAAAUCAAUGAAAAUGUCACGCGCAAAGACAUUUAAACAGAAUAGACCAAUAUAACACGGCCGCUAAGAUUUCCACAUGAACCCCGCAGCGGUCAAGUGACCUCUGCUAACAUAAUGACGUUUGAUGCGCGUUUUGUCGGCAUUCAGACACUGAACGUGCUACGCGAGUGGCAAAAAUUCCGAAAUGUUCCGUUUUGUGGAGUAAAAAUCGAACAGUAGUUCAAAGUGAAGCUCACUGUAACAUUACCUAUUACAGGUGAAUACAAUUGACUUAGUUUACAUAAUAAAUUAAAACGUAUGUUAUUGUAUGUAAUGCUACCAAUUAAUGAGACACAACACAAUUAUCAUAGAACUUAGUCGUAUAAUAUACACUUCUAUAAUACUGCUUGGCGGGAAGCGAUGUGAUUGGUUAAUUUUCAUCGCGUCAUGAGCGCCACGCCCAUAUCCCGCAAAAAUUAUGUGACACGCACUUCUUAGUAAUUGUUUGUAUUGGCGGUCUAUUCCCUUUAAAUGUAUAAUAUAUUAUGUGCUAGUUAAAUAUAUUAGAUCAUUCAUAUUAUAAUUGUUAUUAUAACAUAUAUUAAGUUUAAUACGACUGUUUAGCACGACUCAUAAUCUUUUGUUUGCUAGCGGCGGACUGCUAGCGGUUGGUUUCUUAUUACUUACGGCCGUUUUCAAUAACCUAUCUUUCUUUAGUUUAACUUACUAGAGGUAGACAAAUCUAUCCUUUUACGCUUACUUACAUUUCAAUAACCUAUCGAUAUAAAUGUUUUCUUAUCUUUACUUUAGGUAUCGGAUGUAGUGAGUGACAUUGAAAUUCUUUUAUGUUAUUUUAUGUUCAAUUAAGACGAAAAUUAUUUUAUGCUUAUAUAUAAUUGCGAAGAAUUACGAAAUUUUUACAAAAAAAAGUCAGGGUGGUAGAAACAUAGAUAAUACGCUUGGUAUAUUCAUAUCGCACUCAUAUGAUAAAAAAUACAGGUGUUAUUUUACAAUUUACAUAUAUGAAAUAAUAUUUUAUGCGGUUACAGCAAUAUCAUAUAUAAUAUAAGGCAUGCGUUGUGUAAAGAUUAUACUCUAACCCCCUUAUUCAUAAUAGUCUGCUAACUUAAAGCAUUGCUAAUUCUGACUCUGUCUUCUUCUAUUGACCUAAGUCAGAAUGAGAAAAAACACUCCUUAGCGGCUGUUUAAAGUUAAAGGGGGUCUAAAAGUUAAAGGUUAAAGUCUAUACAGGAUGUACACGAACAGAGAAACUCGUAAUACUUAAGUGUUCCUUGCAGCUCCGUAUAACUAAGUAAUAUCUAUUGGCCAGGGGCCUAGCUGCCGCCGUAUCAAUACGGGGCCCCCGGGAGACAAGGGCCCCAGACGUGCGUAAGCAAAAAAUUAUAAAAACUUAUGCUGCUUGUCGAAAAAAGGCUAGUAGAGUGUAUAUUUCAUUUUGAAUUGUUUGUAAAAAUUUAGGAAAAAGUGACAGAUAGAUAAUUAUGAUGAAUAAAUAUUCCUUUUAAUUUUAUGCAUAUUUUUUUUUCUUUUGUUAGAAUUUUAAAUUAAAUUUUACCUUCAUAAGGGCCCCAAGUAAAUUUUUAUACGGGGCCCCGCCAAGGCACGCUACUUCAAUGCUUUUGCCUAAUUGUAUAUUAAACGAGAGAUAAAGCCUGUUUACUCUUAAUACAAGCUAUAAACUUAAAGGAUGCAGUGUUAACACAUAAUCAAUAACAAAAUUAAAUUUAAUUUCAUAAAAACUUAAUAACAUUUGAACUAAUAUGAUAAUUUAUUAUGAAUAAAUUAUGAUAAAUUAAUGAUUAAUGUAUCUACGUAUGGAUAUAAUUAUAAUAAUAAAAUUAGGUUUUAUCUUGCGGGAAUCCAUUGCUAUUCAAAAUAUUAUGUUAUUUAAUCUUAUCUGUUAUAUUAUCUUUAGUGUUAAAUCCGCUAAGAUUCACAAGAUCACUUCAACAUGUGUUUCACGGCGUAAAGAGAGUGAAGAAGGAAAAAUGAGAUUAGGAAUAUUUUUUUUUCACCAUUUUGUCUUGGAUUUUAUUUCAUUGUUUACGUUAAAUAAUCACCAGUGUACCUUAUCACCUGAUUUAAUUUGUGAUAUAGUAUUUAGUUAUUGUGGUGUAUCACAGAGUUAUCGUUAAUUUUUUACAAUGUUGAUUUAUCUAAUAAAUAAUUGUGACUUAUUAGGUAGUAUGCGAUUUAAUAUUUAAAUAUAUAAAAUAAUUGGUUUGUGUUUUUCCGAACAAAAAUAAAAUCUUGAAUAGAUAUACCACUCCCUUAGUGAUAAGAAAAAAUGUAAUUAAUUAGGUAUAUAAUUAUUAAUUCAGUGUAUUGUUUAUACCAAAGGAAAGGUUUUAUGUUUAUUUAAUGAGUAGCUAUUUACUUACCAUAUAAAUAAAGCUGUUUCCGUUAA